AUAAUAACUUAAAAAAAAAAAAAAAGAUAAAUGUAAUUUAUUUUGGUAACCAUCGAGGAUCUCCCCAGCGACUCACCGCUGAUGGCGAUGGAUAUCCUGCGUUCUCAUGUCUCCGCCGUUCGAUUAUUUCACGGUGGCGGCACUCGUAGUCGCAGCUGCAGCACCCGACGCUUCAACGUGAGGGCGAACCUUCCGUUUCCCCAGCAAAACGCAAAGUAUUACAAAGAGCUUGAAGCUGCUGUGGAUGUAGUCCAGAGGGCUUGCCACCUCUGUGUUCAUGUGAAAUCGUCUUUGUUCUCUACUGAUGGGAAGGUUCUUGAAAAAAAUGACCAGACUCCUGUUACUGUGGCAGAUUUUGGAGUUCAGGCUCUCAUAAGUUUGGAGUUAAGUAAGCUGUUUCCUUCUAUCCCAUUGGUGGCUGAGGAGGACUCUGCUUUCUUGCGAUCAAGAAACUUAGCAGAUACUGUGCUGAAUGCAGUAACUGCUGCAGGUAGCUCUUUUUGUAGACCAUUGACACAAGAUGAUGUACUCAAAGCAAUUGAUAGAGGGGGCAAGGAUGCUUUUGUAUUUGGAUCAAAGCCGGCCACAUACUGGGUGCUUGAUCCAAUCGAUGGCACACGUGGUUUUCUAAAAGCUGGCAAAGCCUUAUAUGUGGUAGGUUUGGCUCUUGUGGUUGAAGGACAGAUUGUAAUUGGUGUUAUGGGCUGCCCUAACUGGGAAGAAGAUUUAUCUGAGAAAUCCUCUACUGAGAUUGAGGAGGGCUGUGAUGCUCUUUGUGGAUCAGGAACUGUAAUGAUUGCUCAUACAGGUUGUGGAACAUGGAAGAAAAGAUUGAAUAGCCAACCCAAAUUACAUGGAGUUUGGACCAGGUGUUUUGUUGACGGGUCUGACAUAGUACAUAAAGCAUGCUUUUGUAUUCCCGAUAGUCAAACAUGGGAAUCACUGCCACUGUCGCCUUUAUUUAACGCAACAAGCAGUGCUGAUAAUGUAGGGAACAACCAGAUUCUUCUUUUGGGAACAUGUUGUGGAAGUUUAUGCAAGUAUUUGAUGGUAGCUUCAGGUAGAUCAUCUGUUUUUAUUCUCCGAGCAAAAGAGAAGACCAUUAUAAAGGCUUGGGACCAUGCUGUUGGCAUGAUAUGUGUUCAUGAAGCAGGUGGAAAGGUAACAGACUGGAACGGCAGUGAAAUAGAUCUUGCAGCGGAUAAAGUUGGCCGGCGGAUUAUAUUCCCCUCUGGUGGUGUCCUUGUUACCAACGGCAAUUUACAUAAUCAGAUUUUGCACAUUAUCUCUCUGACUUCAAGAGUUUGAUGCUGGGGGGAAUCGUUCAUCGUCCCACUAUCUUGAAGAGUGAUUAUAAAGUUGAUUAUUUAUGGCUAACCAUGUCACAUAAGUGUAAAUUUUCAUUUAAGACAGCUUAUGAUAUAUAAUUAGUAAUUUGGUAUCCACUAUUUUCCAGUAAAAGCCAGCCCUUCUGCCCCAUUGUUUGGGUUUCUGCCUGCAGCCCAGUUCGAAAU